GUGGACUUUCCAGAACCAAACAAGGCGUCAGACUCUCACCCUCGCUCCGUCGCUGACUCAGUCGGCGCCUCAGUCCUCUGGGCUCCCCUCCUCUCCAUCCCCCGGUCACACGGUCACGAAAUCACCGUCUUCUCUCACUCAUGCUCUGCGAUAGUUUCACUCCCUUGUCGACUGCUCAUGAUUCAUACCCAGAAGACGAGCUUGCUUAGUCUCAGCCUCGUUCAGACCUCACUGACAAUGUCACUCCCUCGCCGACUGCUCGUGAUUCAUAUCCAGAAGACGAGAAAUCUUGCUUAGUCUCAGUCUUGCUCAGACGACCUCACUGCCUCAGUCUAGUCUCUCUCUCUUGAGUCUUCAAUCGUUGACACAAGCCGUUCUGGGGGAAGCAAGAAAGAGAAAACAUGGCAAAAGAAUAUCAGAGGUUCCAGAAUUGAAUUAAGGAGGUGGGUUCCGUGUUGCUGGCGGUGACAGAAGGAUCGGAAGGAGUUGGGUUCACUUGGUGGAGAAGCAACAGCCAGGCUUUGCAGAAAAUCAACUGGGAUGUGUUUUAGUUUGGUGCUAGUGUGGCACAUCAUAGACAGUUGAAUGAACCCAACAGUUUCUGUGGAAAGAUGGGCAAGGGAUCCAGAUCCGUUGACAACUGUCAUCUUUGCCCAUCAUCACCAUUGAUCCUAUUGGUCCCCAAAAAUCAAACUACUGGAUUGCGAAUUGAAAUAGUGAUCAAAGAGGAGGAUCAUAGAGGAGGAGAAGAAAGUAGAAGAUUGAAGAUAUUGAACUGAGAUAGGAGGGAGAUUCACAUUACACUUCACAUAAGGUUCAGUGUUGGAAUUGUGGCAAUGCCAUGGAAAUUGAAGGGAGGCGAUUGAGGAGGUUUGGGAUUCGAAGAGAGUCAAGACAGAACCGUACACUUUUGCCGAUACAUGCUUCUGCCUCUGCUAAUCUUUCUAGAACAAUUUCCUGUUGGUAUUGUGACUACAAAAUCUCUGCUCUGAACAAACCCCUUUUCUAUUUUGGCAGGAGACACUCCAAGCUUUUGAAAAUAUGGUUUUCAGUUGGAGUUGGUUUUGCCCUAUCUGCAUUGCUUGGAGUUACUCUGAUUCUCCUCUGGGAAUUGGCCAGAUUAUUACGUUUUUGUAAUGGCAUUGGCAACAAUAAACUUGGAAGUCUCAUGCGUGCCCUGUUCUUUGGAUUCCCCUCUUUGCUGUCUGGUUUAAGCUUAUCGCUAGCUGAUGUUGGGUAUAUAUGCAUCUCUACCAUCAUGUCAGUUUUGGUGCAUGAAUUUGGUCAUGCAGUUUCAGCCACUAGUGAGGGAAUCCAAAUAGAGUACAUUGCCAUCUUCACUGCUAUUCUUUUUCCUGGUGCUCUGGUUGCCUUUGAUAAUGAAUCACUGGAAGCAUUACCGAGCUUGGCUGCCCUCCGUGUGUAUUCUGCAGGCAUUUGGCACAAUGCGGUUUGUUGUGUAGCUUGUGGGCUGGCAUUAUUCCUCCUACCCUUGGUUUUGCUACCCUUUUACACACAUGGUCAAGGUCCCAUGGUUUUGCAUGUGCCUCCAGCAUCACCCUUAUCUGGUUAUUUAGCUCCGGGUGAUGUUAUUCAGUCGGUGGAUAAUGUGCCCAUUCACAAUGCGCAAGACUGGGUACAGGUUAAUAGUUUGUCCUAUAAUAUGAAACUCAAUAAUGCAAAUAUUUCCCAGCACAAUGGUGACUUGGGGGCAGUCAAUGGAAGGAAGGGUUACUGUGUACCCAGCCAUGUGAUGGAAGAAAGCAAAUUUAUUAAAUUUGCAGAAAACCAAUAUGCUUGUCCCAAUGAACUUACUGCUUUUGUAAAAGUUUUUUGCCCUGGUGCUACUUCAAAUGAUGGUCAGAGUGAGGAUCUUUUAAACAGGGGAUGGGUAUUUUACUGCUUAAAUGCUAUUGAUGUUGUCAAACUUAAAAAAUGUGGUGAAGAGUGGGGGUCAGUUACAGCAAGUAGGAGCGGCUGCAUGUGUUCCAAGGACGAGUUUUGUUUAGCACCAGUUCAGGAGCCUGGAUCAGUAUGGGUUGAGAUCACAUAUUUAAGCCCUUCUCAUGAAUGUCUGUCACUUCGAAGAAAAAAGUUUCCUGUUUCUGAGACAUCUAACCUCAAGGAAACUGAUUGUGGCGGCACUUUCAUAUUUGUUGGUGAUGUGAUUUUAAUGGCGCAUUCAAUUCAGUUAACAUCAUAUCAGCCUCGCUGGACUCUAAACUUUAUUGCAUAUUUCCCAAAUUUACUGGAAAGGCUCCUGCUAUGGACAUUCCAUGCCUCUUUAGCCCUUGCUCUUCUCAAUAGUUUGCCUGUGUACUUUCUGGAUGGUGCAUCUAUUCUAGACGUGGCUCUAAGUCACUUUACUUCGCUGUGCCAAAGGAAGAAGGAGAAGGUUCUUAGAUUAUGCCUCUUUGGUGGAACAGUAAUUUCUAUUGUCAGCUUUUUCCACGCAUUCAUUUAAUUUCUCUGCAAUCCUUAGGUGAUAGUGGUAGUUUUAAUUUGAUAAUUUUCUGAUUAUAUGUAGUUACACCAUCUUAAUGGCUUUUAAAAUGCAUCAUAAAGUAUUUCUUUUGUUUUGAGGGUGAGCGUGCCGUAGAAAUGGGGAGGAGUUGUGAGUCAAUACUUGACUGAUAGUAGCUGGUCUUGAUGAAAAAGGGUUAAUUUCUGCAUAAACAUGAUGUUUUAGGUUUAAGCUCAUGUGAAUACAAAUGUUAUAGGA